UGGUGCCACUGGCUGCCUGUUUCAGAGUCCUUAAAUGGAAGCUAAGGCUUUGUCUGCAUGGACUUGGCACAUUCCCACUCUGACUCUGUUGGUAACACAUUAAAUAUGGGAGACUGCUGUGUAACAGGAUACUUUGCGAGGUGUUCAAAAUCCUAACAAAGUCUUGAUGACAAGUUAGAAUAUAAGAUAUCCACAGUGUAGGUAUUGAUCAUGUAUUGCUAAUUAACAAGGACAAAGAAAUGGUUUGUGAGUUGCAUAGAAAUAAUUGACUACUACAGCAAGCCCUUCAAAGCCUCUACUCAAAGUGUUAACCCACAUUUGUAUUUUUGUAAUUCAAAGGUCAUACAGAUACAUCUUCAGCUGGCCAUAUACCUAGUGUAAUUUAUAACCUAAACUCCAGAAAACUUAUAGAAAGCUGAUUCUUUUAUAGUUACCAUAGUGUUUCAAUUGACACACAGAAAAACUAAACUCGCAUUGACUUUAUAUGUAAGUGCUUAGAAUCAACUUGAAUAACAUACUGCUUAUAGGGGAAAUAGUUCAGACAAAGAUUAACUCAUCAUAUCUGUUAUCACUAAAACAUCUGUUUGUUAAGUUUUUCAUUAGGUGGAUGCGUGGAACCUGCAUCAUGUGUCCUCCACAAAAGGUCAAAGGACAAGACAAGACAUUUUUGUUCAGCUUCUUUAAAGAUGUAGCCCAAGUUCCCCAGGUAAAAGAACAAGCUGUCAUUCUUUCACAGAAUAUCCACUAUGUGUUAACCUCUAUCACUAAACAAGUAAACAAAUGGAAGAAGUACAUGCACCGGUGCAAAUUUGACAAGGACAUAUAUAUGAAGAAAUCUGUGGCAGAUCUGCUCUCUCACUUGGCUUAUAAUGACAAGAUGCAGUUGUACUCCAAUAUCAUUCAAGAGGCUGAGCACCUGCCUCUGAUGAAUAUGGUGCUGUGUGUUCAACUAAAUAUGGAGACUACUGUUCAGACAUUUCGGGAGAAGGCAAAAGAGUGCAUCCAGGUUUUGGGAAAGCAGUUAAGCAUAUCUGUCAUGGAGGAUCUUCAUAAACUGGAAGGAAAACUGCAGAAACUUUCAGAGAAGCUCAAAAUUCAAGAUAAAAGUGUCUUGACGAAAAAGGCUUAUUCGCCUCUGAUUAUAGAGAAGACAUUUGAAGAUAUUCGAGAGAAACAUCGAAUUCUUGCUGUGUACAACAUCAAUGUCAGUGAGGAAGAGAAAGUGCUCUGCAGUAAAUUAAAACAAUUAUGGGAUGCUCUAUUUCAAGAUUUGAAAAAUUUUAGGAAGCAGGAGGAGGACUUGCCAAGAUUUACGGAGAGCUCCAAGCAACUAGAUCAGCACCGAGAAGAAGCAGUGCUAGCUGACCCACAAUUCAUUUCCGCUGCAACAGGAGAUGAGGAAGUGCCAAUGAAGUAGAAUGAACUGCCGAUCACAACUGUGUAAUGUAUAAAUGGACCUAAAAUAAGCGCCCAGUCAAAACCUGAACAUAAAAUAGAUUUAAAUAAAUAUACUUGUAUACUAAGCAUUCUGAGGAAACACGCUUGUCUUCUCUCUCCUGCAAAGUGAGCAAUGAAGUGAAAAAGCUUUAAUUGAUAUGUUUUUAUAAAC